AUGUUAUUGAGAUUUGAAUCUAAAUGGGGCCAGUUUCGGCUGAACGUCGAGCCCACCGCACAUUUCUCGUCCUUGACUUCUCUGAUUCUCGAUCACCUACCCCCCGAUACCGAUGCCGCCACCAUAGUUCUGAGCAACAAACCAGUCAGCUCGAAACCCGACCCCGACCGUGAACGACGCUUGAAAGAUCUCCCUGGAGUUGAAUUGCAACAAGUCAAUCUAAAGCAUGGAGAUAAGCUAUAUCUAGGAUACUCCGCGAUAGAGAAGCUCUCAAACGGCCACGCAGGUCAUGCCAAUGGCGACACCCCCCAGCCAGCACGCAGGCUCAAUGGCACCAUUGCCCUCCCUGACUCCUCAACACCUUUACCUCUCCCCAACGUGACAUCUCCCACAUUGAUCAAGAAUCCUUGGGAAGUCAUCAAGCAGUCUCCUCUCGAUGAUCGAUUGGAUAAACUUGAUGGCAAGAUUUCCAGACCACGGGACCAGAAGAUGUGUCGGCAUGGCCCCAAAGGCAUGUGUGACUACUGCCAGCCACUGGAACCUUACGAUAAAGGCUAUUUGGCCGAGAGGAAGAUCAAGCAUCUCUCUUUCCAUGGAUACCUUCGGAAGAUCAAUUCGGCUACGAACAAGCCUGAACUCAAGAGCUCAUACAUGCCACCGCUCUCGGAGCCAUACUAUCGGGUGAAGAAAGAUUGUCCAUCAGGACACCCACCUUGGCCUGAUGGGAUUUGCUCAAAGUGCCAACCUAGUGCUAUCACGCUCCAGCCACAAGAGUUCCGAAUGGUCGAUCACGUCGAGUUUGCCUCGCCUCACAUGGUAGAUAAGCUGAUCGACUACUGGCGAAAGUCUGGGAGUCAGCGACUCGGGUUUCUUUAUGGCCGUUAUGAGACGUACCCCGAAGUGCCUCUUGGAACCAAGGCUGUGGUGGAAGCUAUCUACGAACCACCACAGUUAUCCGAGGUUGAUGGCUUGACGCUACUGGAGUGGACAAACGAGAAGGACGUUGAUACCGUGGCCAGAGCAUGUGGUCUUGAGCGCGUGGGAGUCAUAUACACUGAUCUCAUGCCUCCGGAGAAUGAGACUGGACAAGCUCUAUGCCGGCGUCACAUUGAUUCCUACUUCUUACCGUCGUUAGAAAUUGCAUUUGCUGCGAGACUUCAAGGCCAGUAUCCCACACCUUCAAAAUGGAGCGAGACAGGUCGAUUCGGAUCUCGUUUUGUCACUUGUGUGGUUACUGGAGAUGAAGACGAAAGUAUCACUAUCAAAGCAUACCAGGCAUCAAACACAGCCGUGGAAAUGGUACGAGCCGAUAUUGUGGAACCUUCAGCAGACCCGACUGUAAUGCUGGUUCAAUCAGAAGAUGAUCAGAUAGGUGGAUCUCGCACACGAUACAUUCCUGAAGUGUUUUAUCGACGCAUCAACGAGUACGGUGCUAAUGUGCAAGAAAAUGCGAAGCCGAGUUUCCCAGUCGAGUACCUACUUGUGUCACUGACGGCAGGGAUGCCCAUUGAACCAUCACCAUUGUUCAAAAACAGUCGUUUCCCUGUGGAGAAUCGAGAAGCAGUGGCAGAGGGGCAAGAUCCAAGAGAUGUGGCGAAGCAGUUUAGCACAAAGAAGUUGGAUGCAGUUUCAGAUUUCCAUUUGCUGUGUUUUCUCCACGGCAUGGGAGUGUUCGCCGAGGAUGAGGAGAAACUACUUUGCAAAGUGGCCACCACGGGCGACCAAAUAGACGCAGCUCAUCUGACCGAGACAGAUGGUUGGGGAACGUUGAUGGCAAUACUCGAUUCAUAUGGUGAGCGGCCCUUGAAGCGUGCUUGGUCGUUAGAAACAGACAGCGAACAUUCCAAUCCUGAGAGCCCAUCAGAAGGCCUGGCUAAGAGAUUCAAACAGGCGGCUAGUCUUGAACGCUAA